AUUGAUAUCAUCUUCCUUCUUUCUUUCUCUCUCUCUCUAUAGUAGGUUUCUUUCAUGCUUUUUAGAAGAGCACUAGUAGCUACCAGCACCACCAGCAGAAAAAAGGAAGAAAAAGUAAGCGUGAUCUUAACAUCAUCUUCCUCGAUCCUCCUUCAACACCCAAAAAGCUCUCCUUUUUUUCCCAUCUAAUGGAUCACUGGCCACAGAGAGAUGGGGUUAUUAUUAAUUCAACUGAUGAUCAAUUAGGCUCAGGCUUUGCCGAUGAUCAUCAUCAACAACCAAAGAAACCAAGGCCACAAAAGGAACAAUCUUUGAACUGUCCCAGAUGUACUUCAACUAAUACCAAGUUCUGCUAUUACAAUAACUACAGCCUUUCUCAACCUAGGUAUUUCUGCAAGACUUGUAAAAGGUAUUGGACUGAAGGUGGAACCUUGAGAAAUGUUCCCGUCGGAGGAGGAUCAAGAAGAAACAAAAGACCCUCAUCAUCAUCUUCAUCUUCCUCAAAGAAGAUUACUACUCAUCCUGCAGAUCAUGCACCCCAUCUUCUUCUCAAUCAUAAUCAGUGGCAAGAUCUCACCCUAAACCCUAACCCUAACCCUAACCCUAGCCCUCCAUCGUUAAUACCACCUAUGCCGAUCCAGCCUAUGGAAGCCGGGUUUACCAUGCCCACCUCACAAGAUCAAUUUGUGAAACAGGGUUUGAAUUUUUCUCUGAAUUAUGGAUACCCAAAUGGAUAUGGAAGUCUUCAGUUAGGGUUUCAAGAGAACAGUUAUAACAAUGAAGGAGCUAGGGUUUUCUUCCCAUUUGAGGAUCAGUCCAAGAAUGUUCCGAGUGAUGAUCAGUUUGAAGGUAGUACUGGUGGGUAUUGGAGCGGAUUGCAGGCUGGAGGAGGAUCAUGGUAAUUAAUUUUCAUAUACCAAGUUAUUUUUUCUUUUUCUAAAAUGAGACUCUUUUUUAUUAAUAUGUUAGUCAUGUAAGUCACGAAACCCCAGUUGAAUAAUUAUAAUAGAGAUAUAUAUUUAAUUAGCCUAUUUGAAACACCCAAAAUAUUAUCUACGAGUGUGUUAUUAAUUUGAAUUUUAACUUUGACAUAGAAUUCUUACAUAUGUCAUUUGUCAUAAUUCAAAUGUAAUAUGUAAUUAAUUAUGAGUGGUGUUUCAAGGUAGGCUAAUAAUUAAGGAACAUGCAUGCAUGAUGUUCUUUCUUGUUUUCAUUAUUGUUCUUUUGUUCAAGUCAGUGAAAGGCUGUUUUUUAUAAUUAAUAAGUGAUUUUGUUUU